AUGGAGAACACUAAGGAGAAUAAUAUACCUGUAAUAAAUGAUUAUGAUUCAUUUAAGAAAUCCUAUUUAGACGUAUUAAAUAAAAAGAAGGUAUUAUAUAAAUAUGUUUUUCGUUUCAAUAAUUAUAAAUUUAAAUUUAAAAUUAUUUCAACUUAUUAUGAAUAUUUAAUUAUAUGUAAUAAUAUGUUAAGAGAUGUUACAGCAUGCAAUUUAUUUUUUGGUGAAAAUUUAUUUUUUGAAAUGCUUGGAAAAUCUUUUUAUUAUCCAUACGUAUUAUAUAUAUAUGACUUAGAUAAUACUUAUAAAUCUAAUGUUAAUUCUAAUAAUUUAAAUAGUUUAAAAUUUGAAAAAUCAUGUAUUUUAGAUAUUGAGGAAAUAAUAAGAAAAGGAAAAAACAAAAAUAACAAAUAUUUCAAAAAAUGCAACAUUAACUAUGAUAGAAAAGUAAUUUUAAAUUCAAAUAAUAUAAACAUUGAAUUACAAAAUUAUGACUUAAAAAAUAAAAAUAUUGUAGGUUAUAUAGAAGUGUACUUAUUAUUUCAUAUGGGUAGAUUAUUUGAUUCAAGAAUUGAAAGACUUGUAGUUCAUAAAGAAUAUAGAAAUAAAUGCUUAGGUUUAAUAAUUAUGUAUAUAUGUAUAUAUAUGUUAAAAUAUUUGUAUUAUUGUAACAGAUGUGAUUUAAAUGUAGAGAAUGAAAUUGCAUUAAAGAUUUACAAAAAAUUAAGAUUUAUAAAUGUUGAGACAAAAGUAUAUAGGUUAUAUUUACACUGUAAUUUUAAUUUUUUAUCAGGUAAUAAUACAGUAGAUAAUGACAAAGAUAAUAUUCAAAUGUUUACUGAAAAUAUAAUUGCAAAAAAGUAA